GAAAAAGCUCUCGCGAGUGCGUGAAAAAGCGGAUGGAGAAUCGAAUCUCUUCGUGAUGGGUUUCCCGUCGUCUGGCUGAAAUUGGCUUUUUCUUGUGCAAAAUUUUAUCCAAAUCGGCGUGAAUUGUGUCGGAAAAGAUCAUUUUCGAAGAGCAGCGCUGGAAUCUUCAUGAAUAUCCCGAUAAGGCAGAAUCGGACCUACUUACCCCCGAGAAGAUAAUCAUGAUGCUACCGGCGAACGGUGAAGCAAGAUUGAGAAGUGCAAACAUUCCCAGAGUGUAAUAUCUGGCUUUGCUGGUGUGAGAGCAUUUUGUAUAAUAAAUAAUAUUGAAGAAGAUAAUCGAAGUGAAGUUGAAGUGAGUGUUGAGAAAACCGAAAAAGUAACAGAAAGCAGAGCAAAAAAAAGUUACGGAAUUCAAGCAGUGUGGGGAAGAAGAGCUCUCGAGAUUUCCGAGUCCGAACAAAAGUCAGCGCAGACUUUGUGGACGCAAGUGGGCUUGGGAGGGACUCGGAAGGAGAAAACAAAAAAAGAAUUAUGAGCAAUUUAAAAUCUCGCAGCGUUCCGCGAUUCCUUCUCUUGGCAGUCGCGGAUCUCGACGCGAAUCGUAUUAAUUGUGGCUUUUGUUGUUGUUAUUAAACGAGUGUAAUAAAAAUCGACGGAAGAAAAACGAUGCAAAUCGACGGCUGCCGGCCUGUUGCGGCUUUUCAGGAGAAGUGAUUCGCUAUUCAAAUGGAUGUUUUACUACUACCCUGAGAGUGUAUUCCCUUCGGUGAUUCGGUGACUCCGUGUAGCAGCAUGUGUUGUUAUACUUCAAUCAAUCCAGCCCCCAGUCCAGUAAGGCGAAACAAGUGAAUCCGAUAAUUAAACUCAGUAACAGUACCGCGGGAUCUCAGUUCAGUGAGCACAUCAAGUGCGCCAAACUCGUUGCGAAUCGGUUCGUAACCGGUCUCGGAGAAGAAACGGAAAACGUUCAUUCAUAGUAGCUACGUUUUGGGAUUAGGUUCCAUAGUUUCCACGUGGGACCAAACGUGCGAACGGCCAGCGCCAUGGACGGCGUCAGGGCGUUGGACAUUCUGCCACUGCUGCAGGAACGAUUCGCGCUGCUUUCCGGUGGCCGAGACAACCGUGGCGGACCGAUUAUUUGCUUCCCGGCGACCACCAAGCGGGAGCGGGUCAAGCCCGAGGACAUUAAACGGGUCAUUAGCUACUUCAUCGGCAUACCGAGCGAUGAAAGCAAAGCGCAUGGCUUCACCAUUAUUAUCGAUAUGCGCGGCAACAGCAACACCGCAGCCAGCGCAAAAAUGAUCCUCAAAGUGUUGCAGGAGAACUUCGGCUCAGACAUUAUCCACCAGGCAGUGAUCAUCAAGCCGGACAACUUCUGGCAGAAGCAGCGCUCGUCGAUCGCCAGCAGCAAGUACAAGUUCGAGACCACGACCAUCUCGAUCCAGUCGCUGAACAAAGUGGUGGAACCUUCGCAGCUAACUUCGGACUUUGAAGGUUUCCUGCACUAUGAUCACAACAUCUGGAUCGAUUUGAGGGUAGCGUUCGAAGAUUUCCUGUGGCAAGCGAGUGAUAUUCUCGAUCGGAUCGAUGACCUGCAGGAAGAUCUUCAGCAUUCGGACUUCCCCGAGGACGUCAACAGUGCCAAGCACAGCAGUGAGAACCACAACGAAAUGAAACGGAAGAUCUUGAAGCUUCCGAUCGAAGAUCUGGACUUGCUGGGACAAAAGUUGCUCGGCAAAUUUACGUCCUAUUCGAAUCGGAAUGACGAAAGCUGCCACUCGACGUCCUCACCUUCAAAGUGUCACAAUCCAGACAUUUCCUCCUCUCUGAAUCAGGUUCUCCAACAGCUCGAAACGGUUCGAAAUGCACAGCAGCAGUUGUUGAGCAUGUGGCAACACCGGAAGACAACGUUGGACCAGUGCUUCCAGCUGAGGCUGUUCGAGCAGGACUGCGAGAAGAUGUUCGACUGGAUUCUGCACAACAGGGAUGUGUUUCAGGAGACGUACGUGGUGAUCGGUCACAACUACGCGAUGGCCAAGAAAAUUCUCGACGACCAUCAGCGGUUUGCGGUAACGUCGCGGAAUGUAUCCUCCAACAUCAACCGGAUAUUGGCCGUGGCAGGGAACCUCAUCGAAAGUAACCAUUACGCUGCCCAGCAUAUCCGCACGUUGGCGACCCGGCUCGAUAAAACAUGCAAGGAUUUCGUUACGACGCUGGACGAGCGGACGGCAGUGCUUUCACUUUCGGUGGUUUUCCACCAUAAGGCGGAACAGUACACGGAUAGCGUGACCAGCUGGGCAGCGGCUUGUGAAGCUACCAUCCCAACGCCCACGAACGUGGAAAGCUUGGAAACGGCAAUCCGAACGCACCAGUCGCUGUACGAAGCCAUGUGUCAGGCCUACACGGAAGUGCAUUCCACCAGCAAAAAGCUCCUGUAUCAGUUGGACCAUCUGGUGCAGGUUUGCAAUCAGCCGCCGGCUGUCAAUACGAGGAAGAAUGAUAACAAUCACUUCAACGGUGGCAAUCCGGCGGCUGACUAUAGCGAAGGUGCGUCCCAUGUUCUGGCAGUAAUCCACCAAAUACUCGGUCACCAUCGAGCCCUGGAAAGUAAAUGGCACGCCGGAAAGCUGCGGCUGCACCAGAAGCUGGCUCUUCGUUUGUUCCAGGAAGACGUGAAGCAGGUGCUCGAUUGGCUGCAAAACCAUGGCGAUGUGUUUCUGCGGAAGAACCGCGGUAUUGGGAAGAGUUUGCAGAAAGCCCGAAUAUACCAAACCAGUCACGAGCAUUUCGAGAACGUUGCGCAGAAUACCUAUCGGAAUGCGGAAAAACUUCUGGCGGCCGCUGAAGAAUUGGCCCGGUCCGGCGAAGUUGCGCCUCAGGAGAUUUUCUCCGUUGUGAGGGAAUUGGAAACCAAUGUGGCAUCGUUUGCGGAACGUGUGGAACAAAGGCGGAGACGUUUGGAUCUAGCGGUUUUAUUUUACACCAAUGAAAAAGAGAUCGCCGUCUGGUCGGAACAAUUGCACACCGAAAUGGCUAACGAAGAAUCAAUGGAACUCGCAAACGAAACCCUCGAAGGUACUGAGCGAUUGUUAGAGCAGUGUAAGGAGCAAGAAGAAAAUACUCUUAAAACCUGCAUUCAAGCUAUUGCUCAAGGCGAAGCUCUGCUGCAAGAAUUGAGAACCAUCGAGGAAGAGGACUCGUCUGGUUCGCUGACAGCGGUUCAAAAUGCUCUGGAACGGAUACAGAAAAAUCGCCUUGAAUUAGAAAAUCUGUGGCAAGCACGGAAGAUGAAAUUCGACAUGUAUCUGCGAUUGAGGAUAUUCGAGCGAGACGCGUUGGAAGUCAGUUCUCAGCUCGAAAUGUGGGCCGAAGAGUUGCAGCAUACCGAUGUGUCAAGAGAUUUCCAGAAAACGGAGCAAGUUCUUCGGUUACAUAACGAAUCGGUCAGUCAGAUGCAAACCACCACCUAUCAGAUGAUAAACACCGGCCAAGAGCUGAUGCAAUUGUUUGAAUCGUCUGGGGUGCUGAUAAUGGCCGAUCCGCACACGAACGCUCAAACCAGGGUGCAGUAUUUGUUGGAGUUUUUGCAUGACCGCGAACUGGAUCUUGAAGAUUUGGCCGAGGCAAAGCGAAUAAAACUGGAACAAUCGAUGCAGCUGUGUCACUUUCAGAACGAUGCCAAUCAAGUGAUCUCGUGGAUACGAAAUGGCGAGGCGAUGUUGAUGGCCAAUUUCUCCAUUCCGAACAGCUACCAAGAGGCGGAGCAGCUGCGAAAGGAGCAUGAACAGUUUCAGGUCGCCAUCGAACGAACUCACACAUCCGCGGUGCAAGUGAAAUAUCGUGCCGAUGCAUUGAUGAAUGCUAAUCACUACGAUCCGCAAAGCAUAAAGGACAUUGCCGACGAGGUCACGAAAAAAUGGCAAAAGCUAGUCACAUGCGCUGAAGAGCGCCACAAGCUGGUAACGGCUUCGUUAAACUUUUUCAAAACUGCCGAACAGGUGUGCAGUGUGUUAGAUAGUUUGGAGAAGGAAUACCGUCGCGAAGAGGAUUGGUGCGGAGGAGGCGGAUCGACCGAUAAGGGUCAACAAAUAGUGCAACUUAUAUCGAAACACCAAGAGCAGAAAGAAGCAUUCCUCAAGGCUUGUACUUUGGCUCGACGAACGGCUGAAACAUUCCUCAAAUAUGCAGCUCGAUCACUGCAAUUCUACCACAUAAAAACAACUGUAAAUAGUGAAUCUCGUGUUAAGUCUAUAUUGGAUAAGCUGCUAACGCAAGAAACUCAAGUUCUCGAAUAUUGGACCCAGCGGAAGAAGCGCCUGGAUCAGUGUCAACAGUUUGUACUAUUUGAAAGAUCAGCCAAGCAAGCGAUCGAGUGGAUCCAUGACACUGGUGAGGCAUAUUUGUCCUCCAGAAACAAUAAACUGUGCAGUAGUAGAGAGGAGACUGAAGUGCUUUUGAGGGAGCACAAUGAGUUUAAGGGAACGGCAAAGGAAACGCGGGAACGUGUCAAGCUGCUAAUUCAACUGGCUGACUCCCUGGUGGAGAAAGGGCAUGCCCACGCCAGUUCGAUAAAACAAUGGGUGGCGACUGUGGACAAUCGCUACAAGGACUUUAGCAGUCGAAUGGAGCUCUAUAGGACUAAUUUAGAAAAAUCGCUUGGCCUACCUGGUAUACAGCAACAAGAUGACAAUAAUAGUAGUAGUAGUUGUAAUAGUAGCAACAGUAGCCUUAGCUGUAAAUCCAUUUCCUCGUCCACGACGUCCGUUUCGACGGCUUCAUCCACCAGCGGCAUUUCCUCAGCUUCUUCCACAACGGCAACUGGCGGCAAUUCGGUGCUUGAAUAUCGCCAUUCCGAUCCCUCGCUGGAGACAAAACUCAAUGCAGCUGCAGCUGGCCCCGGUGCGGUUGGCGUUCCCAAAGAAAUGAACGAGGAGAAACGAAAAUCUGCUCGGAAAAAGGAGUUCAUUAUGGCCGAACUGCUACAAACCGAGCGAACCUAUGUGAAAGAUCUCGAAACAUGCAUCAAUGUGUUUGUUAACGAACUGAAAAGUGGCGUCAAUGUGCCGCCCAAUCUACUAGGCAAAGAACACAUUCUAUUUAGCAACAUCGUAGAUAUUUACCAAUUUCAUGAGAAGAUAUUCCUCAAAGAGCUAGAAAAAUACGAAACUAUGCCGGAAGACGUUGGCCAUUGCUUCGUGACGUGGGCAGCCAAGUUCGAUAUGUACGUGUAUUACUGUCAGAACAAACCCCAAUCCAACGACUACAUGGUUCAGUUCGGAGGAUCCUAUUUCGACGAAGUGCAACGAAAACACAAUCUCGAACACUCGUUACCCGCUUUCCUAAUCAAACCAGUGCAACGAAUCACCAAAUAUCAGCUCCUGCUGAAGGAUCUCCAAUCGUGUUGCGACGAGGGUCAGGGCGAGAUCAAGGACGGCCUCGAAGUGAUGCUGAAUGUACCGAAGAAAGCGAACGAUGUGAUGCAUUUGAACCUGCUGGAAGGAUGUGAUAUACCGAUAGAUAAUCUGGGGGAUGUUGUUCUGCAGGACUCCUUCCUAGUGUGGGACAACAAGCAAAUACUGAUCAAGAAGGGUCGCGAGCGGCACGUGUUCCUGUUCGAGCUUUACAUUCUGUUCUCGAAGGAGGUGAAGGAUACCAACGGCGUUGUGAAGUACAUCUACAAAAGCAAACUGUUGACAUCGGACUUCGGAGUCACCGAGCACAUUGAAGGCGACGAGUGCAAGUUUGCAAUCUGGACUGGCCGGGCGCCAAUGUUGUCCGACUAUCGGAUAGUGCUCAAGGCUACCAGCCUCGAAACCAAGCAGAUGUGGGUGAAAAGACUGCGCGAAGUGAUACAGGAGACCUAUUUCUCCGGCACCUCGUUCUCGCUGUUGAAGUCUCCGGCCAAGGUCGGUAACAAACCGCUCGGCCAACGCCUCUCGAAAGACAUUGACGAUACGCUUAACGAUAACGACCAGGACGGAAGCUCGCUGGCAAGCUUCGGUUCUGGGAACACCACCGACAGUGAAAAGGGUGGUCUAGCUGAGGUAACGUGGGUGAUAGCGGACUACAGUGCGACCCAGGGCUCGUCGGAACUGACGGUGACCAAGGGCGCCCAGGUGGAGAUUUUGGACAUGAACUGCUCCGGGGCGCCCGAUUUCUGCUUAGUCCGGUUACCAAUCAACUCCACCGACAGCCAGGAGGGCCUGGUGCCAGUCUCGGUGCUCAAACCGUUACCAUCGUCCCACAGUAAGAUCAACAACAAGCAGCGCGACGCGGACGCGCUAGGAGAAGUACCCCAAGAAAAUGACUGCAUUUUGCCAAACCAACAUACAUCGCCAGUCAACAAGCGGAAGGUUUUUAGUGGGAAAAAAUGGCUUCCGACUCAAUUCCGUAAACUGUCGCACAACAAGUCGGACAAAUUACCUCCUGUGGAGAAAACACUCAUCAGUAAAAAAGGAUCAGAUAAGAAAGCAAAGGACAAACCACUGGAGGAAGUGGAAGCAUCCACGACCGCUUCGCAGAUCGAGCUGGAAGCCGAAGAGGAGCCCACGAUCGAGCUGCCACCGCCCAUGAAACCGAUCCAGGAUACAACCACGACGUUGUCUGGUACCCCGUCGUCCACCUUGUCCUCGAACGAGGACCAGACCUGCACUAGCGCUAAGAUUACGAAAGCUUUAUCACUCAAGUCGCUGGAAGAACCGCCGGCGGCAGUGAACCAAACGGCCGAUGUGGCAGAAAUCGAGAGGAUAGUUAAGGAAAAAAUGCAAAGCUUCAAAUACCUGGAAAAUGACGCAGCCAUCACAAGCAACAGUAUUGGUGAGGGGGGUAGUAGUAGUAGUAUGCACGGAAUCGGUCCUGGAGGGCUGGACGAUUCUACCAUUGGGGUGCCAUCAGUCAGUAACGGAGGGGGAGGUAGCAGUUGUGCAGCUAGUUCAAUCGGUGGAAGCGGGGCUGCCCUGAUCAAAGCGCCCACAUCGCCACAGUAUUUUGAUGUUGAGAAUCUGGACGAGAACUUAGCUGACGAGCAGGGUAUCGAUGAUAUUCUCCGGAAGCGGAUGUUUGCUCUGAAAGAACUCGUAACCACGGAGGAGGCAUACGUAAACGACCUGUCGCAGAUAGUCAAUGGCUACAUUGCCGAGAUUCGAAAUCCCAGCAGCAGUGUGCCAAUCCCAGAUGACCUAAAGGGUGGCAAGGAGCGGAUGGUGUUCGGCAAUAUAGAAGCAAUCUACGAGUGGCAUCGAGACCACUUUUUGAAAUCGCUACAAAAGUGUCAGCUAAACCCGCACGAGCUGGGACCGCUAAUAAAGCGAAGCGAACGGAAGCUGCACAUGUAUGUCGUGUAUUGCCAGAACAAGCCGGUGUCGGAACACAUCGUGCAGGAGCAUAUGAGUUACUUCGAUGAAUUACGCUUAAAAUUAAAAUAUAAAUUAUGUUUAGGAGAUAUGCUCAUUAAACCUGUCCAAAGAAUUAUGAAGUACGAGUUACUGUUGAAAGAUAUCCUGAAGCAUACUCAGCGGGCCGGUCUCACCGAGGAAAUUCCAGGAUUGAAAGAUGCAAUGCAUAUAAUGCGAGUAGUUCCUAAAGCAGCCAACGACAUGAUGGAUGUCGGUCGGUUGCAGAAAUUUGAGGGUAAGAUAACGGCACAGGGCAAGCUGCUGCUGCACGGUCCGCUUUACUGUGUCGAAGGUGCCAGUAGUAGCGAUAAGAAUUCGUAUAACGCCCAGAAGCCGAAAGAACUGCACGUGUUCCUGUUUGAGCAGAACAUCAUCUUUGCGGAAAUCGUUGGCAAGAAGACGCAGUUCACGAGCCCUAGCUACAUCUACAAGGCACACAUACAGGUGAACAAAAUGACCCUGCAGGACUUAUCCGACCAAACCAAUGGAAAUCGGUUCUCGCUUUGCUCAAUCGAUCCGCAGCGCUCCAGUCUCAGCUUUAUCUGCACAGCGCCAACGAUCGAGCUGCACAACGAGUGGCUCAACACAAUUCGCAACAUUUUGCAGACGCAGAAUGACUUUCUAAAAGCAAUACAAAGUCCUAUCGCCUACCAGAAGGAACUAACAAAGGACUCAUAAAUACCAACCAACAAAACAACCAAACUGUAACAAGCAAAACAUACACAAUCAUGCUGUAGGAAGCGUGAUGACUUUAAAAAGCGAAGCGAAAAGCAUCUGUUUACAAUCAACAUUCGGCGAACCAUGGGGAAGGAACGCAAACCAUCUAGGACGACGACCCGGGUGAACGGUAAGGUACACGAGUUUCAAACGGUUUGAUUUUAUACUAAAGCUCCCAGCCGCCGCAUCGUUCGAAGCAGUGAUGACACCAGCCAGCAGCGGAUAUAGGCUCACAUUUUAAACCCAAUGUGAGGGAUUGACAUCAAAUUUUAAGAACAACAACCUACAAAUCUUAGGUAAGCCACAAAGUAUGAACAAUUUGUAAUUAAAGUAAAUUAUUAUACAGAAAACGAGUAUGACAAACAUCAAUAUACAGACAAAAAAGUGAUGAUCAAAAAGUAAAUCAUUGAACAAUGAGAACCCUUACCAAAAAAUAAUGGUUUGUGAAAAUCGCGCACGUGGAGCGUUUAAUAUGGAUAACAUAACAUAAAACAAAUUCUACAUUUAUAUUGCAUUCAUGAGUAGAACAGCGAGAAAUUACAAAACUGCAGCAGAAAAAAAAAUAAACAAAAACAAACAACAGCUAGUGUAAUUCAAUAGCAGCAAAACAUAAAUCCACCAAAGUGGGUAACAAAAUAUAUUUUAUUGACUUUACUAUAUUCAGCAAAACCUAAAGAAAAAUGUGAAUACCAAACAAGAGCAAAACAAACCGAAACAAGGGUAACCGCGGCAGUUUUAAAGAAAUGAUAUGAGAAAACCGCAUGCAAAACCUUACCAAAUCGGAUUAUCCCCAUAGAAACGGUAAACCAUGAUUGGAAAACAGGAUUGAAGAAGGACACAACCUUACAUACAAAUGGUAGAAGAAGACGCAAACAACAACAACAACAACCAGAAAAGAGGAGCAUAUUUUUCGAUCAUUUUAAAUCGCGUAGUUUUGAUUGAAUUUCGUCCCGUAUUAGUACUUUGUAACAAGCAAGGCAGGGAAAGCAUCGUUUCCGGUGAGUUGGGAUAACAGCAACAGUCAGGAUAGGAUGUUCCACCUGAAGGCUCUCCGCGUGAAUGCAUUAAGAAUGGAAGAGUAUUUCUGGAAUGCGUAGCAGUAUGUUUUUUUGGGUUUAGGUUGCUCUAUUUUGCGAGCAUUAUUCAAGUUUUGAAAAGGCAUCAUGAGUAGAUCGGUUUGGUAUCUUAUGUGAUUCCACGUAUUUAUUUUUUCUUUGUCCAAUCGUAUAAAAAUGUGUUUUCCCACUGGAUUUCAAAGUUAUUUUUUUUUAAUUAUGACUGCAAACUUACAAACAAAUGUACGAAAUUACAAACAAAAAAUGGGAUUGCUGUCUCUUGUGCACUUCUCUUAGAUUUAUGAAGAAUAAGUGCCCUAAAGACAACCGGUCUAUUUGAUGCAAUUAAGCAUUAUCGUGUUGCCGUAUUUAUGAAGUCAACUGAGGUAGUUCGGGGAUGAAAAAAAUGCACAAUGAACAGUUCGAAGAAUGCGUUUAUUGUAAAAACGAUUAAAUACAGAAUGAUUGUGGAGCCAUCUGGUGAUCCAAUCGUAAUCGAUUUACAACUACACUCAUCGAAAGAAAAAUAGCACCACAAUAGUGUUUCUGUUGUCUUAUAAAAAAGCGGAAAACGCAGUUUUAGUAAUUCAGAUCGAUACAAGGUUCCUUAUAGUGGUAUUUGGGGCAUAAUGGACAAAGGCAAAUGCUUAUUUUAAGAUCAUAAAAUGGCAAUGUUUUUCAGUUACCCUGAGCUAGUUUCCAAGUUUGUAAUAAGUACCAACAAUGUGUUUCAUUAAUUCAAUAAAUUGAAUAAAUUUUAUCAAACACCAGAAAAAAACAAGAUAGAAAAUUGGGUUAAAAACAAGGCUGGUAAGAAGGUACCGGGGCAAAAUGAACACUUUCGUGGAAUUCAGGAAAAAAAAUGUAUUAUUAAUGGGUGUCAAACGUACUGAUAUGCAGAAGGGCUCCCCUCUUUCACAUUAUCAAUAAAAAACUGCUUUAGCUUAGUUACUUUUUUCAAAAAAAUGAUUCUUCCAUCGCCUUGCUUAUGAACCAAUUUGAAGCUGAGAAAAAAAUAAAAUCAAAUUUCAGAGGACAACUGGUCGGUGUUCAAACAGACCAGACUAGAUUUUAUUUUAG